AUGUCGUCGUUCGCCGGCGUGUCGGUCGUCGACGGCGUCGAUCUGUGCCCCCCUUGCGCCGGGUCGGCCUGCGAAACCAGCGCCGACUGCGGCCACCACCUACUCGUGGUCCAGGGCUACUCAGGCGCCAAGGAGAAGGCGCCCACCGGGGAGAGCAUCAUCUCCCGGCCCUUCAGGGUCGGAUGCCACACGUGGCAGAUCGAGCUCUUCCCUAACGGCGACAGUCCAAGCUGCGCCGACUUCGUCUCUCUCUACGUCUGCCGCCUCGACGACUACCUCAACAAUGCCGUGGAGGCCAAGUUCAGUCUCAGUUUCAUCGACCAGGCCGAGAGGCAGAAGCUGGUGUACAUUCUUGGGACCGAGACGUGCAGCUUCCCCCAUGGCGGUUCGCGGGGCCACCGCAAGUUCAUGAGGAAAGACGCCCUUGAACGAUCGGAGAAUAUGAAGCGUGAUGGUUUCACCAUCCGCUGCGACAUCAUGGUAUGUAGCGCGGAGGAUGACGCCGCUGGUGGCACUGCCCCGCAUCGCUACAUAUGCCAGCAUUUUAACACUCUCCUUGAAAGUAAGGUGGGUGCUGAUGUGACGUUCGAGGUCAGCGGCGAGACAUUCGCUGCACACCGGUGCGUGCUUGCUGCCCGGUCGACGGUCUUCAUGGCGCAGCUCUUUGGCCCCAUGAAGGAGGGCACCACGUCCAGUGUCAUACGGAUCGAAGACAUGGAAGCAAAAGUGUUCAGGGCUCUGCUUAGAUUCAUCUACACAGACUCUUUUCCUGAGAUGGAGAAGGAAGGCAUGCUGGAGGAAGCACAAGAUGUGGAACAAGGACAAGAAGAGGAUGAAAUGCGGCUACAAUGGCUGCGAGGCUUAUUUACAGCGGCAGACAGAUAUGACCUCCAACACCUCAAGUUCAUAUGUGAAAAGCGGUUGUCUGAGGACAUAGGUGUGAGCUCAGUGGCGGCCACUCUUGUUCUGGCCGAGCAGCACGACUGCAGCGGGUUGAAGAUGGCGUGCUUCAAUUUUAUUCAAGCUCAAUCUUCCUCCUGUUUGAAAAGGGUAAUGUCAACUAAUGGAUGGGGGCAUUUAAUGAUGACUUACCCCUCUAUUUUGAAUGAGGUCAUUGCCAAGCUUGCUUCGAAAAAAUGA